UCUCGGGCUCGGCGCCGACCCUUUUGGGGUAGGCCAAUCAAGUGCUAUGAUCUGAGACAGCUAUGACCUACCACAUUUUGCAGGCAUCGAAGGCAAUUGUGGUCAUGCGGGUGACUCUCUUUUUGGGGGGGCUGACUCGACUGCAUGGGACUCGUGACUCGGCAUUCAUAAAGGCACGCAAAGGGCGUGCCGCCGACGCCCAUACACCUACCUCUCGACAAACAUUUCAGUAAGACACUCAGAGCUCAUACGUAGAGCAACAGCUUCACUGCCAUUGUCUUUGAAACAGACUGUUCAGCUUCAGGACCGACUCCUCUUCUUCUCAGGUCUCCUCGCCUCGCCUCGAUGUGUCAACGCACACUUAGAGCUGGAACGGGCCUCCACGCCCGCUCAGCCGUGCGCCCAGCCAGGCCGCGGCCAGGCCGGAGCAAAGUUGCCACAGUGGUGUGCAGUGCGCCUGUAGUGCCUGUGACGACCACCACCUCGACUUCUACUUCUUCUACGGAUACUACUCAGCCAGAGCUAGGCUGGCGGACGGACCUGCGGACCACCUAUGUGCUGGGCGCGCAGCUGGGCGUGGGGUCAUUUGGCAGCGUUCACAAGGCGUUCCACGCGGAGUCCGGGGAGCAGGUCGCUGUGAAAACGCUGCCGAAAGAGCGUCCCAAGCUCAGCCGCGCCAAGGUCCUUGAAAAGCUCCAAAGGGAGCUGACCCUUCUCGACCGGCUCUCGGACAGCCCACGCGUUGUGCAGCUUAUGGAGUGCUUUGAGGACGAGGACCACGUCUACAUCGUUACGGAGGCGUGCGAAGGUGGUGACUUGCAACGUUUCAGCGACACCUACGGCCCGCUCACGGAGCGCUGCUUGGCCCUAGUUGCGUUGGAGGUGCUCCAAAUCGUCCGCAGCUGCCACCGGUUAGGCAUCGUGCACGGCGACGUGAAGCCUGCCAACUUCUGCAUUAAAGAUGAGCACCGUCACCCCUACGCUGCGUCACCGGCGGCGCUGCAGCGCUCGCCGUGGCUAAAGGCGAUUGACUUUGGCUGCAGCCAGCUGCACUACCGCCACGCGCGCCUCUCCAAGCGCUCGGGCACGCCCGUGUACAUGGCCCCUGAGAUCUUUAAGCGGGACUACUCGUUUGAGGUGGACGUGUGGUCGACGGGCGUGCUGCUGUACCAGCUGUACUGCCGGCACUUCCCCUUCUGGGCCGGCGACAGCUACAACCGCGCUCUCUCCCUGGACGAGGUGGCGAAGGCCAUCACGGAGAACGCCAUUCGCAUGGACUUCGGGCCAUGGCUGGUCAUGUCGCCCGAGGGCCUGGACUUUGUUCGCGGCUGCCUCACGCGCGACCCCGCCCAGCGGCUCACCGUGGACGAGGCGCUGGAGCACCCCUGGCUGCAGAAGUUCGCGGGCGACUGCAUGGGUGGCCUGCAAGGGCCGCUGGUGGAAACGGCGGCGCCCGCCGUGGCCAACAACAUCGUGCGCAGCCCCAGCCAGGGCGGCGCGCCGGGCCCGGCGCAGCAGCAGCAGGAGGCGGAGGCGCAGCAGCAGCAGCCUGCCGGAGGCCGGCGGGACGCGGCGAUGGCGGCGUAAGGGUCCUCGUUCUGCGAUGGCUCACCACUCGGGCGGAGGGUUUAUCGCGCGGCAGGGCGCCAGUGCGUGGCGCUCCUCGUCGGAUCGUGCAGCGGUAUGUAGACAUGCAGCUCUUGAAGAUAACGCGUUGGGUAAAAGUACAGCAGCCGUGAUGUUUCUCGUGUUGACUACGUUGGUCGUGACUAAGACUGGGCCACUUGCAAUGCGCUUGCCUCCCGCGGCUGGGCCCACUGCCGGGCCGCGGGGUAGGCGGCAUGACCUGACCCAUACACUUGCAUUGUGCUUGCCGCUGACUUAGGAGUCUGCAUACUGGACCUAGAGAGUUUGCCAGUUAUGCGACCCCUUUGGCUGGAGGGUUUGGACGAGCGCGGUGCGCGCGUGUGUGUUUCUGGAUUUGGGGCGGGUCGUUUGUAUAGCACAGGAUUGAAUGAUCCGGGCACUGUGGUAGCGGACAGCGUCUUGCUUGCAGCGCAAGCCAAGACGCAGGACACAGGGAGUGGUGCAGCGGGGCAAGGGCUGCGGCCGAAUUGGCCGGGCCUGUUGGUGGAAGCGGUGGACUCCCCCCUCCCCCCAUGCAGUCUUGCAUGGUCUGGUGCAUGCAAGUGCAUACGCCGGUGCAGUCAUUAAUUCCAGCAGCUCGGUAGUUCGGUCAUCUUCAUUAGCGCUCUAGGAACCCUCGUAGCGACCCAUGGACUAGAUGUAGUAUGUGCCGGGCUUACAGUCUCUACGUGACGAACAUCCAAGUGCUCUCUGACUCGCGUGGUUGUGUGUGUAUGUGUUUGAACCUGCGUGCUUUGGUUCGUGGCUGCCAGCCAUAAAUUGAUCGGUGGUGUUUACCAUGUGUUUGUUGGCCGGACUCCCUCGGACAGCCGAGCGAACCAAACCACAUAAUCCAUCAAAGUGCGUUGGUUGCGGUUGAUGAGACAAUUCAUGAGUUUCUUGGGACAUGAAGGGGGGCGUGGCGUGGAGCGCUGCUCUUAAAAGUGCCUGGGCGCUGGCGGCCAUUCGUAUCGACGCAAUGGCAGCCGGAGGCGGAGUGUCACGUUAUUUGGGUGUGCGGUUCUGCGGCAUGCGUGCGGGUCCUCAGCUUGAGGGCCCCCCGCAUGGCCGGCCGUGCACCCCGUGCGCUCUGCCUGGGGGCGGGCGGGAUGGUGGGCGAUCGGACCAUAGCCACCAUCCUGCGCGUUUGCUGGCCCGGGCAGGAGUGGCCUUUGCGGUCCCCUGGUGUCCGGACAACUGAGUAUGGGGAGUAUGGGGCUGUUGAUUUGGAGGGCGCAGUGCUGCCGUCGCGAUCGGAGGAGGAUGAGGCCUUCGGUGGGCGCGGAGCUGUUUCAGUCACAGGCCUCUUUCGGAGGGGGUGCCGCAUGAGAGACAAUAAUGCAUAGAGAGCGGGGGGCGACCCAAACAGUACAGAAGCCUGUGGCGCCGCAGCGGCGGUGGCAGGGAGGCACGGAGAGGCAUGACGAGUGUGUGUAUGGUAAGCUCAAUACAUUGCUUCGGCGUGUGGGGACGCGGCGUUGGCGAGAGCCACGAAUGGCCCUAGUACCGUGGGGGCAUGUCGCACCCGUGGAGGGCACUGUAUGGUAUUGGCUGUACAUGUUUGUACGUUUGGCAUGCAUGCAUGCAUGGCAUCAAUUGCGUGUACAUUAUUGGGGCAUAGCGGCACAACAUUUCGCAGCCGGGCACGCGCAAGCAAAAUACGAAGAUUUUGGGUUGAACCAUUUUAUUCUGUGAAUAGUCCUCUCGCAAGAAGGGAUUCAUAAGGAGUUGUACCACCACGAUGACUUUGAUGUAAAAUUUCAACGCG